ACUGCUUGUACGCCCUAUUGUUGCCCGUAUGAGAAACGUUCGCAACAUGGCCACAGCUCUUCAGUACGAUUACCUGGUUAUUGGCGGUGGUUCUGGUGGCUUGGCCAGUGCAAGAAGAGCAUCUCGUUUCGAUGCGAAGACAGCCGUGAUCGAGCACGGAAGGAUUGGAGGGACUUGUGUCAAUGUUGGCUGCGUUCCUAAAAAGGUAAUGUUUUACACGGCUAGCCAAGCUGAGGCCCUCCAUGACAUGAAAGGCUAUGGGUUUACUGUUACACAUGAUUUUAGCUGGCCAGUGAUCAAGAAAGCAAGGGACGAUUAUAUAAAGAGAUUGAAUGCCAUUUAUGACAGAAACGUGGAGAAGGAUAAAGUUACAAAAAUUGUUGGGCAUGCAAGAUUUAUACCAUCCGACAAAGGGCCAGUUGUCGAGGUGGGCAGGCAACAGUAUACUGCCAAACACAUAACAAUAGCCACUGGUGGAUAUCCUGUUGUGCCUUCUCUUCCUGGUGCAGAGUUGGGAAUAACAAGUGAUGGAUUCUUUGAACUAGAAGACUUGCCUAGGAAAACAGCAGUAAUUGGUGCAGGUUACAUUGCUGUGGAAUUAGCAGGUAUUCUUAAAACUCUUGGGUCGGAUGUAUCUCUAAUCAUUAGAAGGGACAAGGUGAGUGUUUGCCCAUUUGCAAAAAGGGUGAUAGCAUUGACUGUGUGUGUACACCAAAAGGGUGUGAGUUACUUUUGAAGGAAAUUAUGUAUGUGUUGUAAGCAUUUUAUACUGCUGGUAGUUGUAUUGUUUAGAAGCAUGUAAGACGAGGUUUUGGAUCAUUGUGCCUCUAGAAUUGACAGGUGGUCCAUGAAAGACCUUUGCACCGAAGCACAUAUGGGCCAGAAUGAUGAGUGAGAAAGAUGGUGUAGUCUAGACAUGUUUGAUCUUGUAUGAUGGAUGGUUUACAUGAUGAAAAGUGUUCACAUGAUAAAAAGUGUUCACAGGAUAAAAAGUGUUCACACAAUCUAACUUAUCAUUGACAUCUGCUAACAUAACGUGUUUUGAGCUGUGUUUUAUAUUGUAUUUACCUGAGGCCCGGAUAUCCGGGCUAAGGGUACAGCAGUCUGGUGAUGACCGUACGACUGUAUUUAUAUUGGAUUAGCUCAGAUGCAAAUGAAGCUAUUCCGACCAAUACACGAGACGUGGUGUCAUCAUCAACCAAUAGAUGAACGUGAUGUCAUCAUAAGGCUCCAUCUCUCUUUGUUUGGUAGCUGCUACGAGAA